GUCGCCGAUGAUCGCACGAUUGUCCCCUCUCCUUUCGACCGAACUUUGCCACUGACGUCAUUCCGCGAGAGGUUAAAUGCGCGUGCGCGCGCCGCCGGCCGUCGCAAACGCAUGUCAGCUUUUCAGAGCUGAAAAUACGAUCUUUGAAAUUUAUAUUCGCGAUUACGAUAUUGUUGCGCAACCAUGUGCGACGAGGCGCAUCUUUUUUUCCCAGCGCCAAACGGUGCUGAUUGUCGUACAGCAGAAUUCUGCUUUCUUUGUGUUCUACUGCGCGAAAACAGGUACUCGAACGAAUGCGCAUUUCUCCAUAGAUGUUGGAAAAAGUUAUUUUUUAGGGCACGUUGGAAGCCCUGAUGCGUAUUAAGGGUUCAAAUGAUACAUACAUAUACGCAAGAACUUGCAGUGAACGAACUAACCAAUCGGAGUUACGAGCUUUAAAAACGCCAGGUUCACGUUUCCGACAAUUCUCGACUGUGAUUGGUUGAGUCGCUCACCACUUAAGAGUUUUCCUUUUAUGGCUUCCGUUUUUCCAUAUGCUAUAGUUCUACAGGAUAUUAAUUCUAUGAAGUUCGAAAAAAAUAUAUGUUUCAAGGAGAAAGGGAAACGCAUGAUCAGAAUGUGAGCUUGUCAGGCCCUUCUCGAGUCAUGCAGCGUAAUUUUGCGUGUAACUUCGUUAAGAAUACAGAUAAAAGAAACCAUUUUGAAAAUCUAUAUAUCCAAGAAAUUCGAUUAAGGAGGUACUUAAUAUUAUCUUUAUUAUUUUUUUUAUUUAAUAUUGCCGAUAUUAUGCGUUUUUUAAUUAAACCAACAAUUCGAGCCAUAAUUUUCUCAAAAUAACUUAUAAUUUAUUCGUAUUUAAUAUUUCUAUUCCCGCUUCCCCACGUAAUAUUCCCACGUAAUAUUUCACACACGCGAUUGCAAUUUAUUUUCCAAAUAAUUAGAAUAAUUAUCUAGCUAACCAAUGAUGAGUGAAUUUAUUUAAUCACAUGUUAAUUACAUGGCCAUAUAUACAUUUUAUUGCCAUAUAUUUUAUUACCAUAUAUGGUCGUGUAAUUAACAUGUGAUUAAAUAAAUUCACUUAUCAUUUAUACGUACAUAUUAUAUAAAUGUCAAGGCUAUUCCCUCUUUUUUUAUAUUUGCCAUACAAAACACUCAUUUCAAAUAGAUUGUUUUAUACAUCCUUUAAAUAAAUAUUUCUAUUAAACUGAUUUCAACUUUUCUUUUGAAUAGAUCUUUUAUAAAAAUCUAUUCUUUUAUAACAGAUUAUGUAAUAGGAAGUAAACUUUGAUAUUUAAUAUAGUAACUUUGAUCAAAACAUAAUUAAUUUAGUCAGUGAUUAAUUCAAUCGAUUUUAAAUAAUUAAAUUAAUGAACUAAAUCAUUUAUUGAUUGAAUUAAUUAGAAUUUGGAUCCAAUAGAAUACAAUUAUUUAUUAAGAAGUUUUAAGAUAAGACAUCAAGAAAAUACUGUUUUUUAAUAAGGGAUAUUUUCUUAAGAAUUUUCCAGAAUAAUAAAAUGAAUUUUAGUCUUAAGAGAGAACAUUUAGAUUACAGAACAAAGAAAUAAAAUCUUAUUACAUUAUACAUACAAAACUCUAUUGUUUUAAAAUUUGAAAAGCAAAAUAUACACAUUGUUUUUUAGCAUCUUCUCUUCAUAGAUUACGUUGGAUAGCGGUACGCUUCUGAGUUUAAUUUUUAUUACUUUUACAAAUAGAAAAAUCUGUGACUCUAUUUAUAUACUUUAACAUCUCUAUGGAUAAUAUUUUUAUGGUCGUUUAUUUUUAAAAAAUAUAACUAAUUACAAUACUUUAAAUUUUUCAAAGAAAAGAAAUUUGUAGGACGAAAAUUGUCGAAUCGUAUGUAGAGUUUAAACUGCCUCACGAAUUUGUAAUAAUGUAAAACGGAUUUAUUAUUACAAACUUCCCGAUUUCGUAUUAUGUGUUUAUAUUUAUUAUGAAUACAUAUUUGAAUGUUAUAACGGUAAUAUUUUCUGUACUGUAGAUUUCGGUGUUAGUUGGCAUUUGGAACCGAUUCGAUUUUGAUCAUAAAUCAGAAGUUCUUAAACAUAUUCGUGACAAUCAGAUAGAAAACAAAGUCUACAUUGUAAGAUUUCGCAAAAGAAUAAUCCUCGCCGCGGAUUACUCUCGAUCUUGAAUUUGCAAGGUGAUUUUUGUGCGUUCGAUUAAUCGUCAGAAAAUUUUUGCAAUUUUAGUUUAGAAAUUUUUGAGCAAUCACGACGUAUGUAAAACCGAAUGUUUGAAAGAUCUUCAGGAUUAUUAGAACAUCUGGAGUCAGAAGCAACUGAUAUGGAAUCGUGCGUUGCUUCUUGUCAACAUCCGAAACGAAAAGGAAAUCUAAAGAAAGCUUUCGAAAGACAUCUAGAAGAAUAUAGAAAUCAGAAUAAUGAUACAAUAUCUCAAGGAAAAAUAAAUAGCACUGACGAGGAAACCGCAAGUACGUCUCAGGGACAAGAAAAAUCUUGUUCAGAAUCCUCUUUUAACAAAUCUCCUGAAAAAAAAAGUAUGCAAGAAAAGGAAGAUAAAGAAACUCUUUGCGAUUUGAACCAACUUGUUAAAAAUAUAUCUAUAGAUGAAAAAAAUGAAGAUAUUACUUCUAUAUUCGAGAUUAGUGAAGAUGACAAAAAAUCGUGCGACUUCGAUAGUGACAAUGAUAACUCUUUUGAUACACAUUGCUACAUUGAUGAUGACGUAAUACAACAAAUUGCUAAUUAUGAGACAACUAGAGAAGAAUGGCUGAAGACAACAAAGAACGUGCUUGAUAAUGUAUUAGUCUUGUGCUAUAAGAGGAAGGCGACAUUCCGUCAUCCGAAAUGAUGUUAAUGUUACGCUAUGAACCAGACUGUGUGGAAAUACUUAUCCGUAUAAUUCUCAAGAUAUGCAAGCUGCAGGGAGAAGAGCUUUUCUUCAUAAACAGAGACAUGAAAUUUGUUGCUACAAUCUUAGAACAUUUGAAUUCUGAUAAUUAUUCAGUAUUAGUAGAACUUCUAAAAUUUUUUAAACUAGUAGUGCGUAAGAUUGCAGAACGAUCUCCUUCGUCACUUUGGAUACGGCAUGUGAAAACAAAUUAUUUUUGUUGUUGUAUAAUCAGAAUACUCAAAUCUCAUAGACAUGAGACGUUAUUAAUAACAACGAUUGAUCUGCUUAAAGACAUGUCUAAAGUAAACUUGUCAAAACGCAGAAAUCUCCUGAAGGAAGUAUUCAUAAUAAAGAAUUUAAUUCCUGCAUUAUUCCUUUCUUGUACACGAUUGAUGAGAUUGGGAGAAGAGAGAAAAUAUUCGCUAGAUACAAAAUUUACUCACAAUUGGCUAACAAUACUGUUGACUAUAAAAUCACAUUUAGUUACUGCUUUUGAGAACAACGAAGUAAAAGAAAAAUAUCUAUUGCUGAAAAUUUUGUUCAUUAUAUUGUAUCCAUACCAACUACCAGAUUUUCUAUUCAACACAGAAAAACUAAAAAAUAAACAAGAUAUGAAUAUAAUUUCCAAAAGUCUAA